GGAGCGCGCGGGACAGCCCGAGCGGGAACGCGCGUGGUGUCUCCUCCGCAUCUGACGUAGGAGGAUUUGAUCCCUCAACGGCAGCCAGUCGAAGCUGCAGAAUUUGAGAACCACUUGUCUAACGGAGGAUCGGUAGCGAGUUCUGAGUCACGGUCGGGUAGAAAUGUCAGAGGAUAACGUCGAGGCACGGACCCCGGAGGAGGCGCCGGCGGACGGAACGGAGGUGCAAGAAACGAUUAUAAAUCUGGAGAAAGCAGAGGAGGCGAAACUGAAGGCCAGAUACCCAAAUUUAGGACACAAGCCCGGAGGCUCUGAUCUGCUUCGCAAACGCUUGCAGAAAGGGCAAAAAUAUUUUGACUCUGGAGACUACAACAUGGCCAAAGCAAAGAUCACGAACAAACAGUUGCCGACAGCUGCAGCACCAGAAAAGAGCGAGAUCACAGGGGACCACAUCCCCACCCCUCAGGACUUGCCCCCAAGGAAACCCCCUCUAGUGGCCAGUAAACUGGCAGGCUAAUCCACAUGCAGCCUCAGCCACCUCCCAGCCGCAUAACUCACUCCAGUCGAGCCUCAGCUAUAACAUUACCUCUUCUGUUCCCCACACUCUGCUGCUUUUCAUUCCACACCCGCCCCGACCCCACUCACCCCAAACUCCCGGUGACCUGCUACAGACCCAGUAUGGCUGUCUCUAACAAAUCCCUUCAAAAUGAAUUUUACCUGCCUUAUUCCUUUUCUUUUCUUCCUAGAAUCCACUGGAUUACAGUGCAAGUGGAUGAGUUGCAUGUGAUGCUUUUGAAAAGACGAUCCACAGUUGUCACAUUUGGAGAACCUCAGCAUGAUGCUCAGGACCCGUUAGUGUGAAGUUAUCUGUUUGCAAAUAGAUUUAUAUUUGUAUUUUGUUCACAGGAGCACGCAUUAGCUUUUAACAAUGUUUUACAGUCUAGUUUUUACACCUUUUCUUCCUGAAUGUCAAAUAUGUGUGAGGGAUGGUAAACACCCACCCAGGAGACCGUCCGUGUUGACACUGGAAAGCUGUUCAAAACUGUUCAAAAGAAGGCUGGAGGGGUCCAUAUGUGACUUUAUGGAUAAAUUCCUGUUAGUGAGGGACCAGGUUUAGAGUCCUGUUUGCUGUUAAAGUAUAAACCUACGAUUUAAAAAAUAUAUAUGAUUAACAAGUUAUGAAAUAACUUUUAAGAACAUUGUAUUUGAAGUUGAAGUAGUUUUACCUUGAGAUUCUCUUCAUCUCUCGUGCUUUUAAAGGGUCCUCACUGGUUUGGGAUUUGUCUCUUAUGAGGUGAAUCCAAACCAGCACUACAUCCAUACGAUCUCUGCAUGUAUAUGAUCGCGCUGCUGUCACAAUGUGCCAUUUUGUUUUGUAAAUAAACUAGUUUUGCACAAAUAUUCA